ACCUCGAUCUCGCUAAUGAGCGACAAAAGGCGCUCAUCCCAAGCUAUUUCAUCAAUGGGGUCUCUCUUGCAGUCUGUAUGAAGGCAGAGCUGGUAGUCGCUGCGUUUCAGGCGCAAAGGAAUUUCAUCUGGACGGCCAUUCAGUUGCCUAAACCAACAGACUUAAAAUUGAGGCAACUUCUUCUGCCGACGUCUGAGAAAAUCGACGAGAUUCUGUCACUGAGAAGUACGAAGCGAAUCAGCCCAUACUUCAACCACUUUUCGACUAUCAGUGAAAGCAUCAGCGCGUUAGGAUGGAUAACCGUCGUGCCGGCUCCUGCCGCGUUCAUCAAGGAGAUGGAAGAAGCAUCGCUGUUCUACGCGAAUCGUGUGCUGAGGGAUUUCAAAGACAAGGAUACGAUUCAUGUACAGUGGAUUAACGGAUGGAUAGAAGUACUAACGAAGCUGCACGACUACGUUGUGAAAAAUCAUACGACUGGCUUGAUGUGGAAUGCAGUUCAGGGUCAAAGCAGCGAAAGGAGUUCUACGUCAAUCUCCGUCAAUCAGAGUUCAAUGACGAUGUCCGGAGUUCCACCACCACCGCCACCUAUGUCCAUGACGAUCACCGCGUCCACCGCUGAAAAAUCGCAACAGUCGUUGAUGGACAUGCGAAAUGCGCUCUUUGAAGAAAUAAACAAAGGUGUUGAAAUAACGAAAGGACUGAGAAAGGUAACUGCUGAUAUGCAAACGCACAAAAAUCCGGCAUUGAGACUUCAGGAACCGUCGCGAAGUGAGUCACACUACUCAGAGUCGAAGUAUUCCACGAGCUCGACAGCUUCAGAGAAAAUGGGAACUGCGAAAAUUCAUUGUGAGGGUGGAAAGAAAUGGAUUAUCGAAAAUCAAGUCAAAAAUCAGAGUAUCGUUGUCGAGAUCUCUGAUAUGAAGCAAGUGGUGUACAUCUACAACUGCGUCGACUGCCUGAUUCAGCUAAAAGGAAAAGCAAAUUCGAUCACCGUAGACAGCUGCAAACGUACGAACGUCGUCUUCGACAACUUAGUGUCUUCCAUUGAAGUUAUCAAUUGCCAGAAGGUGCAGGUUCAGACGCUUGGAACCAUGCCGACGGUGGCCAUUCAAAACACAGACAGCUGUCAAGUUUACCUGAGUCGCUGCUCGUUGAAUGCCGAAAUCAUUUCGUCGCGGUCAACCGAAAUGAAUGUAUUGGUGCCUGAUGAAUGUGGAGAGUUUGUAAGUGAACAUCUUAUAUAUUUAAGUACUUUCCACGUUAAAAUCAUUGCUACAACUGUACAUUUUUUAAAAUCAAUCCUGACAUCCUUUGUCCUUUCCUCAUCAGUUUCAUCGUUUGCUCGGGAAAAAUUCUCUGUACAGUACACACUCCUGUACUUAUGCACAGCUGUAGAAGAAGUUUUAAAGCCAUUUUCUUCAGCAAAUUAGUG